AUGAAUUUGGCAAACUUCUCCUACUACCCAGGCAUGUGCACCAUGACUGUAGAGUCGCAGCAAUCACCCACCGAAGGCUCUAGUCCUAUGGGGAGUUCGCCCAACCUGUCCAUGGACUCCCCUGGGUCUGCCCGGCUCAAGGAUGGGGUCUCCAUUAAGUGUGAGCCUAAGGGGAACUGCAGUCCAGUGGAGGAGUUCAGCGAUGCUGGCCACCUCGAUGAACACGUCCAUGCUUCUGGCGGAAGGAGAAGAAAACGCCCAGUGCAAAAAGGGAAACCACCCUACAGCUACAUUGCCCUGAUCGCCAUGGCCAUUGCCAAUUCUCCAGAGAGGAAGCUGACUCUGGGAGGGAUCUACAAGUUCAUCAUGGAGAGGUUCCCCUUCUAUAGAGAGAACUCCAAAAAGUGGCAGAAUUCCAUCAGACAUAACCUGACCCUCAAUGACUGCUUUGUGAAGAUCCCCAGAGAACCGGGUCACCCGGGCAAAGGGAACUACUGGACUCUGGACCCUGCAGCAGAGGACAUGUUUGAUAAUGGAAGCUUCCUCAGGAGGAGGAAGAGGUUCAAGAGAACGGAUAUUACCACCUACCCCGGAUAUAUGCAGAACAGCAGUGCAUUCACCCCUACUCCAGCUGGAAGACCUUCAUUUCCCAACAGCCUCUACUCCAGUGUGGGCUCUGGCUACAACCACCAAAUACACUCCACCACCUCCCACCACCCAGCCAUGGUCCAUCACUACCAGACCCCUGCUGGAUCAGGACAAGGACCUCACAGGAUGUUUAGCAUAGACAGUCUCAUCAACCAGCAGUCCAUGAUGCAGCCCUCCCCUGGCUCUGAUCUGAACCACCACUCCAUGGGCUUAAAUGGGGACCUUGAAAACAUAGGGAGCAGCUGUUCUGUAGACUUGUCCUGUUUUCAGACUCAGUCUGUCAGCCCUACUGGUUUAGGAUCCUUGAUCAACAGGUCAACUAAUCCUAUUGCCUCCAACUUGUCCUAUUCUUACUCUUCCUCCCCUCCUCACCUUCAGGUGCCUCAAACCAGCUACUCUCCUAAUAAUUCUCAAAUCUAUGGCGCCUCCAACAGACUUUCCAUGAGGUCUGCCAGUUGCAUAGGACACACAGAUCAGCUACUGACAUUACCUGCUCCUCAGAUGAAUGGGGUCUGUCAGUACAACAACAAUUCUUAUAUGAGGCAGCCCAACUUUUCUUCUGGACUGGAAAGAUAUAUGUAG